CUUCCAAGGCAUCUGUGCUUCGUAACUGGCAUUAGACAUACUUUCAGUGUGAGGCGCACUACACCUGUUCAGUAUUUUGUGGUUUGCUUAUCAGUGAGCUAAGGUCUGAAACCAACACAUUCGUUUCCAGAGAGGCAAAAGGAAGCAGAAGCUCAUAUAUGAACUGGCAGCUAUUAGCAACCUUAACAUUGUGAUGUCUGUCUGAGGUCUCUGCCCCUGAGUGAAGAGUGAGGCAUCAAUGGCCAGAUUCAGCAAAGGGGAAACCUGCUCAGCUAUACUCUCCAUGUAAGGUAUGAGCAGGAACAAGUGACCCAACCGGCAGGUCUUGCAAUGGAAAGGAAAUCUGGAAGGACCUUGGAAACUUGUAUUGUAGAAAAGACUCCGAGGAAACAAGAAGGUACAGGGGGGCAUCUCAGAGAAGUGAAUGUGACUCUGGAUAUUGACACAGCCAACCCUCUCCUUCUUUUGUCUGAGGACCUGAAGAGCGUGAGAAGAUGGAACAGAAUGCAAUACUGGCCUGACAAUGCUAAGAGAUUUGAUAUUGUGUCCUGCGUUCUGGGCUGUGAGGGAUUCACCUCAGGAAGACAUUCGUGGGAGGUGGAGGUGGAGGUAGAGAAGGAGCAGGUAGUGGGAGGCCUAGGCUGGGCUGUGGGAGUUGCCAGGGAGUCUGUGAGGAGGAAGGGCUUGGUAUAUGCUUGCCCCAGGGAAGGGAUAUGGGUUGUGGGUAAAGUGAUGCCUUACGGGUUCUUGGCUUUUACCUCUCCCGAGGAUAGCAUUUCUAUUCUGAGCCAUGAGCCCAAGAAGAUCCGGGUCUCCUUGGACUAUAAAGAGGGACGAGUGGAAUUUUUUGAUGCUCAUACAGGUGACUUGAUCUUCUCUUUCCCUUCAACCUCGUUUUCUGGGGAGAGGCUGCACCCUUAUUUCCGGAUGGAAUGGUUAGGACAGCUGAAGUGCUGCUGGACAGCCAAUGGGCAUCUUCGAUCCAGGCGACCCUCUCCUGACAUCAGCUCCUCUGAGCUGCAAGGGUGCCCCUCUAGAUUUGUGCCGUGUGGCAGGACUCCUCAGGCCCCGUCACCAACUCCCUGUGCCGUUCUACUCUGUGGUACUCAUCUGCCUACCUUCACAAAAUGCUCUGAGAACAGGAAUCCAGAAUCCCCCAAUGACAGUGAAUCUCUGCAACAUUCUGGCUCAGUCUGGCAUGGCCAAUCCAUUCCUCAUUCCGAAGGUUGUGUUGGUGUGAAGCCAACAGCCCAAGUCAGGACGGCUGAGGAAAGGCAGGACUCCAAGGAGGAAGCGGGGGAAAUGUCCCCUUUAAAAAUGAAGAACACUUCUUCAGGAGUCAACGCAGAGCCCAGGAGAGCAGAGGAAGAGGAGGAUGUAGGGGUGACUGCCGUCAGGGAACUCCACCUACAGAACCAUGAUGUCCCUUCCUUGGAUCUUGAGGGCAGUUCUGGGAAGAACUGGGAAAGAAUGCUCAUCCAAGAUGAUACUAGCCAUAAAGAGAAGGGGAGAGGGGUCUCUCCGAAGGAGGAAAAGGACAUCUGGCUCAGUUCUGAGGAUUACAUGUUGUUUGCCUUGAUUCCUUUCCUUCUUGUAUUAAUUGUAACCGUGUACGACUUACUUUCUUAAGCAUAGGUCAUUUACUCAUUAAAGAGGAAGAAUCGCUUUGCUUACAAAAAUCUCCAAGGCUUCGGUUCCGC